UUUCUCUCUUUAGUGCUUCAAAUAAUUAUUAGUUUUAUCGACGGUAGUUCGUCCUGUCAUCUCACAUACACACAUUAUCACAACAGCUUUCACAUUUCUCUCACUCACUCUCUCUAGCUGAGUUAACUCGUUGCACAGUUGGUCAGUGGCCGCUUACUCGACGGAGCUCUCUACACAAGAAGCCCCUUUGUGAAGAGAAUGAAAAUGGGCAUGUUGGUUUUUGUCUUCUCGGUGAUAUCUGUAGCAACCCUUUUCAGCUCGUGCUCACUUGCUCUUAUUCAAGAUGGUCUUACACUGCUAGAAAUUAAGAACUCUUUGAAUGACAGUAGAAACUUGCUUGUGAACUGGCAAGCUACUGAUGAAACACCUUGCAAAUGGACUGGCAUUUCCUGCCACACCCAUGACCAACGGGUUCGCUCUAUAAAUCUACCCUACAUGCAAUUAGGAGGCACUAUAUCUCCCAGCAUUGGUAAACUCAAUAGAUUGCAAAGAUUGGCACUUCACCAAAACAGUUUGCAUGGAUUCAUUCCUAAUGAAAUUACGAAUUGUACCGAGCUUAGGGCCUUGUACUUGAGGGCUAAUUAUCUCCAAGGAGGCAUACCAGCAAAUAUUGGAAAUCUUUCUUUUCUCACUAUAUUGGAUUUGUCCAGCAAUUUACUUAAGGGUGCUAUACCUUCUUCUCUUGGCCGUCUCACACAUUUGCACUCUCUAAAUUUGUCGACCAACUUUUUCUCUGGUGAAAUCCCAGAUUUUGGAGCCAUGAGCACGUUUGGAAACAAGUCGUUUAUUGGAAAUCUGGAUCUUUGUGGUCGACAAAUCAACAAGCCAUGCAGAACCUCAAUGGGAUUUCCUGCAGUUCUACCACAUGCAGCAAGUGAUGAAUCAGCAGUUCCUACAAAACAUUCCUCUCAUUACAUGAAAGGAGUGCUGAUUGGUGCAAUGUCCACCAUGGGCCUUGCCCUUCUUGUGCUUAUUGUGUUCCUUUGGUUUUACUUACUGUCAAAGAAGGAAAGGGCUGCAAAGAAGUACACAGAAGUUAAAAAGCAAGUCCAUGAAGAUGCAAGUACAAAGCUUAUUACUUUUCAUGGAGAUAUGCCAUACCCGUCUUGUGAGAUUGUUGAAAAGCUGGAGUCUCUUGAUGAAGAGGAUGUUGUAGGGUCAGGAGGAUUUGGUACUGUAUACCGGAUGGUCAUGAAUGAUUGUGGAACAUUUGCUGUUAAAAGAAUUGAUCGGGGUCGUGAAGGAUCUGAUCAAGUGUUCGAAAGGGAAUUAGAGGUCUUGGGUAGCAUCAAGCACAUAAAUUUGGUUAAUCUGCGGGGUUACUGCAGGCUUCCUACCUCAAAGCUUCUUAUAUAUGACUAUCUAUCUAUGGGUAGCUUAGAUGAUUUCUUGCAUGAACAAAGCCAAGGAGAGCGAUUAUUAAAAUGGAGUGAUCGUAUGAGAAUAGCCCUUGGUUCUGCUCGGGGAUUGGCGUACUUGCACCAUGACUGCUCUCCAAAGAUAAUUCAUCGUGACAUAAAAUCUAGCAACAUUCUCCUGGAUGAAAACUUGGAGCCCCAUGUCUCUGACUUUGGUCUUGCCAAGCUUUUGGUAGAUGAGGAGGCCCAUGUCACAACUGUGGUUGCUGGUACCUUUGGCUACUUAGCGCCAGAGUAUCUGCAAAGUGGGAGGGCUACUGAGAAAACGGAUGUGUACAGCUUUGGAGUUCUCUUGCUGGAGCUUGUAACUGGGAAAAGACCAACUGAUCCCGCUUUUGUAAAAAGAGGCUUAAAUGUUGUCGGUUGGAUGAAUACCCUAUUAAAAGAAAAUCGAUUGGAUGAUGUAGUAGAUAAAGGCUGCCCUGAUGCUGAUCUGGAAACUGUAGAAGCGAUUCUUGAAAUAGCUGCAAGGUGUACGGACGCAAACCCAGAUGAUCGGCCGUCAAUGAAUCAGGUAUUGCAGCUGCUAGAGCAAGAGGUCAUGUCACCUUGCCCGAGCGAGUUUUAUGAGUCCCAUUCAGAUUAUUGUUAGAUUGACACAUAAAGCAUGAGCUACUCGAGUGAGUAAUUACACCUUAUUUUGAAGCGUUUUGCCCCUCCCUUUGGGGCCUGUAUAUUAAUGUUUAUCUGCAAUUAAUGCAUAUGCCACUGGACACUUGCUUAAGUUACUCGAGUCUCUUUAUUUUACCCAAUACUCAACCUUUGUUUUUCUCAAUUUUGCAUCUGGUGGAGACCAAUUUGGUUAGGACAAGCUUCAGGCGAUGCUUUAAUAAUCUAUAUGACUGAUAGUUAAUUGUGUUAC